CUGGGCGGUCUUCUUCACUCUCAAAAACCGCCGAACAUAGCAGAGGUAAAUUUCACCUAACCACCACUCUAUCUCUUCACCACCACCACCAGCGGCGGCGCCGCCUCCGACCGUUACAUCUAAAAAUGGAGGCCUUGAAGAAGGCUUACGCGGAGAUAAUACUAAACACGGCGAAAGAGGCAGCGGCUCGAGUGAUGCUAUCCGAGCGUAGAGCGCUUCGUUUCGAGCAGGAACUUCGUAGCGCCAAAGAUGAAGGGCUUCGAUUGCUUGUGCGCAUGAAGCAGAUGAUCGAUUCCAAGACAAAUGAAGCAGAGCUAACAUCCUUGUGCCAGCAAAGGAAGAUUGAUGAGCUUGAAGCACAGCUCCAGGAGGCAGAGGGUAUCGUAACAGAUCUAAGAGCAGAGUUGUAUUGGAUGCGGGAUAAACUGGAGAAACUGCGGGAUGACCAAGUGCUGCCUAUGAAUGGACAACUCACAAAUAAAGACACGACUUCUCAGAGAAAUCCUGGAACUAAGCCCAUGCUAUCUUCUUCUUCAGAAUCAGGAUUUCAAACGAUGAAAACUUCUGAUAUGGAUGUUGAAACAUUGAAUCCGAGUAUUUUAGACAGUAAUUGCAGUAACAGAAAUGGAUUUACACAGAGAAUACAUGCUUUUGACGGAAAUUCACUUGAUGGAAGAGGGCCUUGUUCUGGAACAAAGAAUGAGGUUAUUGUGAAAGCAAGUGACAUUUAUGAAGGGAAGUGUACUGUAUCUUUUGUUGUGAGUGAGAAUAUGGAAACAAUGGAACACUUUUCUCAGAAGGUGAGAAAACUUCAUAGAGCCCUCAAAUUGAAAAGAAGAAAAGCUCGAUUUGGUAAUGCAAAAGCUACCUCAUGCAAGUCCCGUCGGAAUCAGCUCUUGAAAUGCUGCCAAGCUUCGUCUAUUUUUUCGCAGUGCAAAACAACCAAUUGGAAUGUUAAGCCUAAUGAAGUGGCAUGUACUGUAAGCUCUUUCAAGACUGAAAGCAUGACUGUGAGUAAUACUUCGAAUAGUCUACAGGAAAAUUUGCAGAAACAAAGCAACUGCUCCACAGAUGAACUGAGGAUAUCCCAUGAAAGAAAAAAGAAAAGGAAAGUGCAGAAUAAGGAUAGCAUUUAUACCUCAAUCUGCUCACAGCCUAAUCAUCUUUUGCAAUCUUCUCAACCGCCUUCUGCUCUUACCCAUUGCAAGGCAUUUUUGCUCAAAGAUGAUGUCAACUCUGGCAAAGAUCAGCCAAAAAUAGAUGAGAAUGGAGCUAAGAUGAAGUCACUGCCACUUCUGAAUCCUGGAUUGACAGUGAUUAAAAGUGAUGUGGAUCCUACAUCUGGCUCUAGAAAUAUUACAGUGAGCAUCAAGGCUCUAGAUAAAUCAGGAAGUGUUCAGAAUACCAUGAAAAAGGACUUAGACGGAAAAAAUGGUUCUUUGGUAAAAGGAGGAGAGUCUUUGUUUAGUAAACAGAAAGGUGAUGCUGCAGUGAAGUCAGGAGUUCCAUGUUCUGUGUCAGCUACUGAUUUGGUGAGUGUGCAAUUAGUCAAUUCUGAUUUGCAAGAUGCCAAAGCAUUCAAACAAAUGAAUGGAUCUCAUAGUCAAGCUGGGAAUGGUGAGGUUCUUCAAUAUACAAGGAAACGCAAGAAGGAACCUGCAAGCAGCCCCUGAUAAAAUCACUUCUCCUGAAAAGACCAACACAAAGAGGCGGCGGGCAGGGGUCAAAAACUAGAGAUAGUCAGGAGUCAGGAGUGUCUCAGGUUGCCCGUCAGGUUAUUUUGUUUAUCUGGGAAAAAGUGGUGGUGGUGAAGGUGACUAGCUAGAGUGUUCUCAAUGACAGACAAUUUAAGCAACACAACAGCUCUGUUGUGAUUCUUGAUCGAAUUCAUUACUAAAUAAGGUUGCUGCACAUAAUGUGCUAUAACAAUUCCCUUUGAUUACUUCUGAUCACUAUUAUAUAUAGAAUUUAAAUUCACUUUUAAAUAUGACUUUUUGUCUCUAGCUUAGCUCUUUCACCGCUGCUUUUGUCUGCCCUACUAAUUACACUAUAUAUCAACGGAAAAUUUUGCC